AUGCCACCGAGAGACAUCACAGGAAAAGGUUCGGCCUGGGAUGAAUUUAAGCGCAAGGCUCACUUAACCUACCAACGUUACCUCGACAAGACUGUGCCACACCGUGCAAUGCGGUGGGCCAUGUUUGGCUUUUUGUUGAUGUUUUAUAUUCUUCGUGUGUUUUUUCAUGGGGGCUUUUACGUGAUUACGUACGGCAUGGGCAUUCACUUACUGUACCUUUUGUUGCUGCUUGUUACGCCUCUUGCAGAGGACGAGUUCGCGGAGGACUCUCCGCUUCCACGAACAGCCGCUGGUAAUGAUGGAGAGUUUCGUCCUUUUGUGCCACGUGUUCAGGAGUUUGUGGUGUGGAAAAGCAUGUUUCGUGUUGUAUCCAUUUGUCUUUUCCUGACUCUUUUUAACUUUCUUGACAUUCCUGUUUUUUGGCCGAUUCUUCUUCUGUACUUUAUUGUACUGACAGUGACACAAAUGGGCAGUCGCAUUAAACACAUGAUGAAGCAUCGCUACGUUCCAUGGAACGCAGGGAAACCGAAAUAUGUAGCAAAAGCCACUACAUAA